CUUACGUUAGUUACAUUAGUUUUAAAUCUACGUCGAAGUAAACAAUACCAAAUUCCUUGUUAUAAUGACUGAUUUCCGCCCCAAAUUCGGUUCCAUUAAAAAGGAUACGGAAGAGGAUCCCGAGGACCGACGCUAUUUCGUUUUCCAAGUAUUUGCUCAGUUUAUCACAUAUGCGGUAUUUGCCCUAUUGCAAUGGCUUUCAUUAGUUGCAAUAACGAGGCUUGUAGACCACCACAUAAUUUUAAGCAACGAGUCGGCUAUGGUUGUCCUAUUCUUCAUGGGCCUGCUCUUUUUCCUAGUUUUCGCAGUCAGUCCACAGCUGCGGCAUAGGGUGUGCGCUAACUGGUUGGUUACUUUGGUUGUGGUUGAGGCGCAGGUUUUAGCCAUAAGUCUUUUAUGUGUGCGGAGUCACUACAUUCUUAUAAUGUUGGGCUUUGUUAUCGUUCUCGUGAUCAUGAUCGUGGUUCUGAUAGCGGUGUUCUAUUUCCCGAUUGACCUGACGAAUUAUGGAACCUUGCUCUUCAUGUAUAGCUGCUGUAUAUUUGUGCUCUGCAUAUAUUGCCUUAUAUUUUGUGUAGUCCUCGAGUCCACCUGGGCAUUUUACUUGUUCAUCGUCGCGCAAGUUUGCUUGGUGUUACCCAUUAUGACGUAUCAUGAGCAAACAAUACUGGGCAAAGGCGAAGUCAGGUCCAGCCUCCAUGAUGACAAGUUCUGUGCCCUGCUAUUGUUUCAUGACUUUCUGGCUUUGAUUUUGCCAAGCUUUUUCUGGAACGUUUGGUGACCCACCCGCUGCUAG